AUGUUCUCCCUCCGCGCCGUCUUCGGUGCCUCCUCCGGGGCUCUCCGCCAGUUCCUCCCCUCUGUGAACACCCGGGCGGUCACAUUACGACCUUUCUCGCACAUGAUUCGCAACAGCUUGACGAGACUCCGUGGACAAGCAAAGUCCGGCAACGCUGUUGCGAUCGUCAAUGCGUCCGCAAGACAGGUUGAGCAGGUUCGGGGAAUGAAGACUCGCUCUUCUGUCAAGAGACUGUGUGAUGGCUGCAAGCCCGUUCACCGCAAGGGCCGUGUCUACAUUAUUUGCUCGAAGAACCCCAAGCACAAGCAACGGCAAGGAAAAUAG